GAAUAAACAUACAACUUGUUAUCUUUAGAUCAUUUCCAUUGUUUUCAACUUUCAAUAAGUUUAUUAUUCUUAGUAAGUUCUCUAAUUUAAUUAUCUUCAAUGGCAAGCAAUGUCUUGACAUGUUCUGCUUCAGUUUUGGUGUCGAACAAUAGGGCACUAAAAAGCCCAUUAUCAAUUGGGUUGGGCCCAUGUUCUCUGGUGUCCUUAACACCACCAUUGAAGGCUCCUUCUUCAAGGCCUUCUGGCCUGGUGGUGAAAGCCCAACAAGGGGGAAGUCCAAAGAAGAUGGAUCCAUUGGUAGCUGAUCACUUUCACAAGAAGGUUGCCCUCCUUGAUACCUCUCCUUAUGUACGUACUCCUUGGAACACUAACGAAGACGAGCAUGAGAUUAGGAUGUGGUUCGACAUGCCAGGACUUGCAGCUGAAAACAUUGAUGUAAAUGUUGUGGAUGAUUUGCUUGUGAUCAAGGGAGAUGGUGGUGUUGAUGCUUUUGGAAACAAGAUUUUUAGCCCUUAUGAUAGUAGGGUUCAACUCCCCCUUAACUCUUGGAAAGAAGAAAUUACGGCUGUGUUUAAAAAUGGUGUUCUCUACAUUACUGUGCCUAAGAUCACCAAAUUUGAGCAUAAAGUUAUUCAUAUUCCCGUGAGAUCUGUUUAAUUUAUGAGAUAUCUUAACUAUUGUUUGCGCGCUUUUAAAUUAAAAAUGUCAUCUAUAUGUUUUGAGAGAUUCAUUUCUAAGUGUGAUUAGAAGCUUUUCUAUGAAAAAUUGCGACACUUUGUAAUAGAGAAGCUUUAUGUACUUUAUAUGCUUUGAAGUUUGAAGUAUUAUAAGUUGCACGGCGUUUUGGUUA